AUGACAACUGUUGCAUCCACAGCUUAUGCUCUUUAAAUAUUACUAAUUUAUUAUUCACUUAAUCAAAGUAUUACAUUGUUAAAAAAAAGUCCAUUUACGUGUAAGAAAUGGAGAAUAUUUUUCGCAAUGAUGAAACGACAAAAUGAAGAUGAAGACUUGGAAAGCAGUUUCUUGGAUGUCCGUGAAUGGUCACCUGUGUUUUACAACUAUUCGAACGCGUCAGAGUUAAAUGGCACAGGGCACGAUUUUCUUGACCUGUCUCGUGCUAUUCCACUCGGUUUGGUUUUGGGAACUUUUAUAAUCUUCGCUGUGGCUGGAAACAUCUUGGUGAUACUCUCAGUGGUGUGUUACAGGCACUUAAGAAGUCCAACAAAUUAUUUAAUCGUCAAUCUUGCGAUCGCCGACCUGCUCCUGGGCACCAUCGUGUUACCCGUGUCAGCCACAUUGGAGAUAUUAGGCUACUGGGUCUUUGGAAGGAUUUUCUGUGAUGUCUGGGCAGCCGUUGAUGUGUUGUGCUGCACCGCAUCCAUAAUGAGCCUGUGCGUAAUCUCCAUCGACCGUUAUAUCGGAGUGAGCCAUCCUCUACAGUACCCCAAUAUCGUAACGGGACGCAGAGCUAUCCUGGCCAUGCUCGGGAUUUGGAUCCUGUCUCUUGUGAUCUCCAUUGGACCCCUGCUUGGAUGGAAGGAGCCCCCGUCACCGGACCACAGGGUUUGCGCAAUAAACGAGGAACCCUUUUACGCACUGUUCUCAUCGCUCGGUUCCUUCUACAUUCCUUUAAUUGUUAUUCUGGUCAUGUACUGUCGUGUUUAUGUAGUGGCCAAACGCACGACAAGAAAUUUGGAGGCCGGUGUGAAGACAGAGGCGAUGAAUUCUGGUGAAAUAACGUUAAGGAUUCACAGGGGUUCGCAGCAGCAUGAGGACACCGGUUGCUCAUCCAGGGGUCGCACGCAUCAGGGGCGGAAUUCUCUGACUGUGAAACUUUUGAAGUUUUCGAGGGAGAAGAAGGCAGCUAAAACCUUGGGGGUCGUGGUUGGCAUGUUUACGCUGUGCUGGCUACCAUUCUUCCUCACAUUACCGAUCGUCUCAUUCAAUGUCAGUCUGCGGCCUCCUGACACCAUCUUCAAAAUCAUUUUCUGGCUCGGUUACUUCAACAGCUGCCUGAACCCUAUCAUCUAUCCUUGCUACAGCCGGGAGUUCAAGAACGCUUUCGUCCUCAUCCUCAAAUGCAGAUGUCACCACAGGAGGCGACUGGGUUGGAGAGCUUAUAACUACCAAGGCUCAUACAUCAGCUCUAUCUACUCACGGCAAGACUCGAAGGACUCAGUGAGCUACGGCAGUUACCUAAAUGGAAGCCAAAGGACCCUGUUUUCUGCCAGCACUAGCCCCAGUUACCACUCAAAAGGUCUGUCACAUUUCCAGGAUGAUGUAUCUAGACACCCCCGGAGCAGGACACCUUCAGUGUUAUCUGAGAGUAUUUUGGAUCAUCAUCUUGAGCCUGUUGAGGAAGAUCCAAGCCAGUUCUUAGGUCACACAGAUCAGCCAGAUAUAGGAGAUUUCCCUCAAGUGCAAGAAAACAAUAAGGAUGUGGACAUGGAGGGUGAUAUGUCGCUUUGAAAAAAGUUCAACUGACUUCUGCUUUAUUGAGAUGUCCCGCUCUUUAAAACCCCAGCUUAUAAAAGCAUCAAGGAAUCUGAAAAUCAGCUAACCAUCUAACCUACAAAAUGACAAAGCAUUAAAAAAAGCAUGAAAAAACAGGCCCACCCCUUGACGUUUUUCAGGUGGGUUUUCUCAGGACAGUUAGUCCAUCAGGUUUAAGGGACAAUGUACGUGUGAUGUCGAGAAACACAAUUUCUUUUAAUAGAAUGGAUUUUUGAAUCCAACCUUAUAUACAGCAUGUCGCUAAUGUACAGCACAUUGUGAAUAUUGUGGCAUUCUUAAUGACCAACAUUAAAGCAAU